GCCACCAUGUGGUUCAUGGAUGGAACCCACUCAACGGCCCCUCAGCAGUUCAAGCAAGUGUUCACCGUCAGAGUGCUGCUCGGAGAGACGUCGGCCACAGCAGCAUAUGCCCUUCUGCCUUCAAAAACUCAAGAAGUAUAUGAAGAGUGCCUCACUGCCAUCCUCGAUGCUUGCCUGCGCAGGAACAUCCGUCCCAAUCCCACCAAAGUCGUCACAGACUAUGAGAUGGCCAUCCACAACGCAGUACAUGCUGUUUUGUCGAACACUAUCGAAAUACAGGGAUGUUUCUACCAUCUGACGCAAUCAACAUGGAGGUAUCUUCAAGGGGAAGGACUGCAGGCCACCUACAGGGAGGACCCAGACAUUCGUCAGUUCUGUGGAAUGUUGGACGGACUGGCCUUCCUUCCAGAGGAUCAGGUGAAGGAAGGAAUGGCGUACCUGAAGAGCCAGACUACAGAAGUCCUGGAGCCAGUAGUCGACUACUUCGAUCGGAACUACGUCAACGGCCCUUUCAGAUCUGUCAGAUCGCAGACCGGUGGCCUCAUCUUCCGACGCACUCAACCAAGGUUCGAGCCAGCCACUUGGAACGUCAACACAGCCACUUUGAACGACGAGGCCAGGACCAACAACGUGUGUGAAGCCUGGAACAAUGGGUUCCGGUGUCUCGUCGGCCACGUCAAUCCCUCGCUUUGGACUGUCAUCUCCUGCUUCGAGAAGGACGCUGCAAUGGUGGAAGCAGAGAUCCUCCGUGUCCAGAGAGGCCAGCCAUCAAAGAAGCCAGCGAGGAAGGGAACAGUACGAUACCAGAAGACGUUGAAGACCCUGUGCCAGCAGUUAUCCAAUGGACAGAAGACGGUCGAAGAGUUUCUGCAGGCCAUUGGGGGUCACAUCCGACUGCGUUAGGACUGAACAUCUGUAAUGUACCUGUAAUAUGAUAUGAUGAAUGUGCUAAAAUGAAUGUGCUAUUUUGAUCUUGAUUAGUGAAUUACUUAUCAUACCAUUCAGAGAACAGAAACGUAUUUUUUGUAUAUACUUGUAUA